AACUUAAAACAACCGGUGCAAAUGCAAGUCAAUGUUUUUCCGCUACCAGAUUACUUUGGGGGCCAUUUUAGCAGGUGCUAAAGGCAGGCAAGACGAUCAGGCCAGUUUGCCUUCUCUCUGGCUCUGGAUUUCCGAUGAAGAAGAAGAAUUCACCAAUUGUGGGUGGGCAGAGAAGCAACGACCAAUUGCAACACAUCACCGGCACCGCCAAGGCGAAGCCUAAACCCGCUUUCCCGGAAAUGGAUCCGAAAAUCUGGAGCCGGCUGCCGAAGGAACUUCUGGAGCAAAUCCUCUCUUUUCUCCCUCUCAAGACCUUGUUGAAUUUGAGAUCAACCUGUAAGCACUUCAAGUCCCUUGUAUUCUCUCCCCCGUUCAUAUCCAAACACUCCUCUGCUUCUUCCCCUUUAUCUUCGUUUCUCUUGCUGUAUCACCCUCUGUGUUUCCACCACUUCCCUUUGUACGACUCUGUCCUUUCCACUUGGCGCAACUUUCUUCCCCUCUCUGAUUUACUACCCCGGAAACCGCCGUCUUUCUCUCUUCUCUCCACCUCCAAUGGACUCUUUUGCUUCUCCCUCCCCUGUUCAUCCUCCUUUCUUGUGCGCAACCUCUUGGCCGGAACCUCAAGACUCGUUGAUUUCCCGGUUUACCCUUUUGAUUUUGAGGCGUUCACUUUGGUUUGUUCCCCUGUUGGGUACAAGCUCUUCGCGAUCCGUACUGGGUUUUCUUCGACUUCCGCUUUUGUUUACGAUUCCAACGCUCUCCUCUGGCGGAAAUACGACGGUUUGGAUCCGAUUCUGAUCGACAAUCAUCAGCAGGAGGGCGCCUGCUAUAAUGGGUGUUUGUACUUCACGACUCCAGAGCCAUUUUCAAUCGUGUGCUUUGAUUUGGAGAGUGGGAGAUGGGAGAGGUCCGAUACUGAAUUGCCCGGCGAGCUCACAUUUGUCCGGUUGGUGACCGGCGAAGGUAAAUUGUAUAUGAUCGGCGGAGUCGGGGCUGAUGGGAUUUCACGGAGCCUGAAAUUGUGGCAAUUGACUGAAGCAGGGAAUUGGGUGGAGGUGGAGAGAUUGCCGGAGAUGAUGUGUCGGAAAUUUGUGUCGGUUUGUUACCACAACUACGAGCAUGUUUAUUGCUUUUGGCAUCAGGGGAGGAUCUGUGUUUGCUGCUAUACAUGGCCGGAGAUUCUGUAUUACAAGGUUUCAAGGAGGACCUGGCAUUGGCUGCCCAAAUGCCCUCAUUUGCCCGAUGAAUGGAGCUGCGGGAUCAAGUGGUUUUCUUUUGUUCCAGAGCUGUAUGCUCCUGUCUAACUCUGUUUUCUCCUUGAAUUUCUUGAAUUGACGCUUGUUGGUGCUUUGUUUUCGCUGUUUUUUUUUAUGUAAAUAUGAUGGAGAUUUCAAUGAAGGUUUGUUUGAGAUU